UACAUGUGGAAGGACUUUAGAAGUACUGUCAACCAUGCUAACUCUAAAAAAAGUAAAAGUGGACUGAAAGUAAAGGAUUUUGUGCAGAUUUAGGAUUUGGACUUAGACAAGGAUACGGUGUUUAUCUUAACGUAAUCUUCAAUAGUGAAAGACUAAUACAAGCCUACUCUCUCAUCACCAGUGUAUGUAUAUGAAGUUAUAUAUACAUGAAUGUAUAUAAAACGGUGUUGUAUUCGGGCUAGAUAUUAGAUGACAUCAGUUGUUCAUAGUAUUAUUUCCUAACCAGCAACCUGCCUGUUCACGAGAACACGACCCUCGGGUCUUACGCCCGACCCUCCCUUCCUUACAGCCCGUGUGUUGUCACCAGGGAGAUCGGCCGAGUACCGGGGGAAGAGAUGGUGCAUUGUGCUGGGUGUGAACGUCCUAUUGCCGAUCGCUUUCUACUGAAUGUAUUAGAUCGGGCAUGGCAUGCUAAAUGUGUUCAGUGCUACGAUUGUAAAUGUAACUUAACAGAAAAGUGUUUUUACCGAGAAGGAAAAUUAUACUGUCGACUAGAUUUCUUCAGGAGAUACGGAACGAAAUGCGCCGGUUGUUCGCAUGGUAUUUCUCCGAAUGAUUUAGUGCGACGGGCCAGAAACAAAGUUUUUCAUUUAAAGUGCUUCACUUGUAUGGUAUGUAGAAAACAGCUGUCUACUGGGGAAGAAUUGUAUAUUCUGGACGAAAACAAGUUCAUAUGUAAAGAAGAUUACAUAAACAGUAAAUUUGCGGGUUCAGACGGGGAGGAUGAUUGUGAUUUAGAUAGCGGUAUAGAUACACAGGGAAAUAUAUCGGAUAAAGAAUUUUGUUUAGAAGGAGACAAUAGUCGUGAGGGAAAAGAAAACAUUUUAUCCAAUAUAACAAACAAUAAUAAUACAAACUAUUUAAAUAAUAAUAAUAACAAUAUAAACAACAGUUCCACGAACCCCCUCUUAUCUCCAAGUAUUAACAGUCCCUCAGACAUUAAGGAAGAACCUCCAUUAUCUCCGGCAAGUUGUUGUCCCAUCGGCAGUCCGGCAUCAGUCACAUCCAACAUGUCCGACCUAGGAAGCGGAAACAGAAAUACGUCAGACAGACAAGACAGCGCGGUGGAUUUGAAUGCGAAUCCUCCAAGUAAUGAAAGCAACGGCAGUGCUAGUCCCUCGGGGAGCAUCAACGGGGAAAAGGGUUCCGGGAAAGAUUGUGGCAGUGGGGGCCAAGUUGGUGCGAAACGACGGGGACCUAGAACUACGAUAAAAGCCAAACAAUUAGAAGUUUUAAAAGCGGCGUUCAAUGCCACCCCAAAACCAACACGUCAUAUUCGUGAACAACUUGCUCAAGAAACAGGACUCAAUAUGAGAGUGAUACAGGUAUGGUUCCAAAACAGACGAUCUAAAGAAAGACGGAUGAAACAACUGAGUGCUUUAGGUGCAAGACGCCAUUUUUUCCGAAAUCCCCGGCGUAUGAGGGCAUUACGCCCUGGUGAGGAUAUGUCAGACAGUCCUGAUAUGAUGGGCGGCCCACAGUUUGGUUACAUGGGUGACAAUGGUGGCGAUUUUUAUCCUGGCUACCAAGGUGGUUAUGGUGAAUUUUUUGGUAUGGGACCGGGACAAGACGGUCCAGGCAACAUGAAUUUUCUACCUCCAUCAUCACAAGGUAUGCCCAUACAAGGACCUGAUGGAUCAUUCAUGCAUCCAGACAUGCUCCCACCCUCCUCAACGCCCGAGCCCUUGCCUCCGUUACAUCCCGACGUUAAUUUUGGUCCCAUGCGCUCAAUGAAUGGCCCCCCUUUCAGCCAAGCCCUGGCAGCACAGUCGCUUGUACAUCACCCGGAAAUGGAAGCCUGGUGACAAUAACUCCAUAAAUGAUCUAUAUACUGUGAACAGAACUUUAUUGUGAGAGACUACUAAUAAAGAGUAUUAAACUGAUAUAAACACAAGACAUACAUUUGACAUGUAUAUUUGUUAAAUAUUUCGUGGGAUAUAUUUUGUGAAAGUCUGAACUAAAACUGUGUGUACAAAAUAUCUGUGUCGUAUUUAUUUUCUUUUUUUAUGUUAAGAAAAAAAGAAUAAAAACUGUUCAGCGGAUGGACAGAAAAAUUUAAUGUCACGUGACAAACAGUUUACGCGGGAAGAUGUUGUGUUUCUAUUUUUCCACGUGGGUUUUGAAAGGUUUGACUUUAUUAAAUAGAACUGGUGAAAGAAAAGAGACGAAUGGUGGACAAUGAAUGUGGUCAUAAAACUGGUGUUCUCGAAAGCCGAGUAUUUCAGAUUUCUUUCACCCGUUGUUGAAAGUUGGGAAGAUAUUUACGUAUAUUAUGUAUAUAAAAGUCCCAUUUAAAGAAUUCCCAAGAAUUACAGUGUAUAAAUGCACAGGUUAUUUAUUAUCAUGUAUAAUUGUCAUUUAUUAAUGUCCAAUGUUGAAUCUUAAGAACAACGGUGUUGUUAUAUUGUACAUAAGCGUUUAUGAUAUUUUGCCAUAUUUAUUGCUAUCCUUGUUUGUAUAAUAUAAAUAAAACUCUUUGAGCCCGAAAGAGUAUUCAGCAUAUUUUUAAAUACUUACAUAAAACACGAUAAAUUAAAAUUUCUUCCAAAUAGAAAUAUAACUUAAAAACAUUAUAACAGUUACUAAAAUUGUUCCCAAAUCUUUGCAUAAUGUACACAAUUCCAUUUCAAGAGACAUAAUUUAUUUUCAGAACAUAAAGAUUCUUCACAAUUUUAAGAACAAUACUUUUGUUUUAUUAUCAUGAAAUUUGUAUAGAAAUACAUACGGCAUAAUCUAUAAACAGAAAAGGAAUUAAAAAUAAGUCGUUAGCAGCUAUAAAUAAUAGUGUGCCUAUGGAGGCAAAUUUCAAUUUCGACUACCGGGUAGCUAUAAACCAUUGAAAACGCAGGCCAUUACGAUGGACGUCAGCUACUUUGAAACUGAAAGGUCCCUCCCUUAAUAAGUUUAGGGUAGCCGAGUUGACCAUUUUUCAUAGUUGACAAUUCCUUUUACCGGAAUAUAAAGAAAUAUUGAUGAAAGAUUGGUGAUGUUUAAACAGACGGGGUAAUACUUAUCAAUAGAGACUAUUUCUAUAAUUUCAGAUUCCUUCUCCGAGGGUUCAAAAGAUUAAAAUCGAUGUACAAGUAGAUCCUCGUCCAAUGUGACGAUUACCAAGGCAGCCAUGAAUAUCAUGUAUAAAAUCAGACGCGGCAUGGCCCCGUUAUUGCCAUUUGCACUUCUCAUGAAACGCGUGUCUAUCAAUUUCAUGGUUCGGUAUUGACAAUUGCUAGGAUGAAGUAAAAACUUAUCUGUUCCAAGGCUUUGAUCUGAUCAGACUUUCAAGCCGAAGAGUCGACAAAAUUCGUAACAUUUGGAUGCUUACGUGAUAGAGGUUUCUAUUCAUUUCAAGAGGUAUUGUGUGGUCGCGGCUCCAUUAUUUGUUAGGAUAUUUUACUCAAUCAAACUUGUGGAAGGAGAGCGUCCACUGAUGAACGAGCUUUGAGUUUCAAACGUUUUAUUUCUAACUUCAUUUUCUGUGCAAACAUCGGCAGGUUUACGAGUUCAAACAGAACGACUCUUUAGUAAUAUCAGUACUAAAUGUGUUGACACACGAUGUAUUGACCAGGACUCCCACGGGAUGGCGAUUACUAAAGUAAACUCAUACACACACAUUCAGACUAUACCUUAAUGGAUAAUCUGCUAUUCAUUUUGCUCUACGUUAAAUCAUUAUGCUCUUAAAACUCGCACUGUUUUCAAUCCCCGGCAAUGAUUUAAUUUGCCAGUGAAACGCCAAACACAUAGUUCAUAAAUUGCCAUGUUUGUCUCUUUGAAAUAUUCCUGAAGUCAUGAAAAUGAGACCCAAUUCUUUCUUAGUUCCUUGUUUGUACAGAAUCCAUUACAUUCUAACCAUGGUUUGUUUUCACGACGUCGAUAACUUCUAUUUCAUUAAAGAAUAACUAUUUAUUUUUCAUUCACAGUGUCAAUCGAUAUGCCUCGUGUAUUUGAGUACACAGACAAAAAGGUGUUGGAAACAUGGCUAGCCGAACUCUCCCAUCUUUCUCAAUCAGCGUAUUCAAGUUAAGAGGCGAAACAAAAAAAUACUUCUUCAUCCCAUUCAUCAUCAUCGUCGUCGUCGUAUAAUAAUAAUAAUAUUAUGUACAUUUUUAUUGUGUCUCUGUAGUGCUCUAUUUCGCUGUAUUUGUUAUUGUCUUUACUUACUUUGCUCAGGUUCAACUGGAAUAUAUAAUGUUAUAAUAUAGAAAUUAUUUGUCUAAGGUUUUUUUUCUGUAUGUACAAACCCUAUUGAAUCAUAAUGUGCAUGUCCUACCUUGUACGAUACAUUGAAAAAAAUUAUUUAGGAUAAUUGUCCUAUUCUACUGAUGAAUAAUGUAUAACAAAUAAAAAAAAAAUACAAUUCCAA